AUUUACUGAAGCAGGAAGAAGAAAAGUGAUUUUUUUUUACAGAACCAGAAGGCAAGACCACAGACUAAAAUGUAUCCAUUCAGCCUGUUUGUUUUUUUGGUGCUCCCGUAUCAAGCUUGCUUAGCAUGCUCUCCCAUCAAGAAAAUGGACAGGUGUGAAGAUUUGUGGACGGGAAUUGGAUAUGUGUACCAAUAUGAAACUCCGGCUGGAUCUGAAAUUGAGGUGUACUCAAACAAUACUCCAAUAGCCUACCGUGGCAUGAACAAGCCUUUUGAGGCACAUCUCUCUGAUAAGGUGAUAAAUGUGAACAACAGUGCUGUCAUCCUCUCUGAAUGCCUGAAUCUGACAUUCAAAUAUUUGUAUUUUCUCCAGGGCAAGGUGGAGGAGUGCCAUUUACAUUACAUUGUUGCAGAGAGGGAGCAUGUGGAUAUGAUAACUAUCAAUCUGACUGACACCUCGGACAACACAUCAGGAAAUGGAGACAAAGCCAAAGCCACUAGCCACACAAAGGAAAUCACUGCUGGUUUUCUGGUCUUGGUUCUGCUGCUGGGCAUUGCUGGUUUCUUAGUGUACAGAUAUGGCAACAUUCCUUGGAGAGACAAACAUCCAUUUGCUCUUGUACAGCUAGAUCGGCUGGGUCGGGACUACCUUAACACCAACAGGGAAAACCAGAGGGACAACGGAGAACCUGAUGAUCCAGCUGCUGGGAACGCUGAGUCUCUCCGAUCUGUGCUUGUCAUUGGCAGGGACCAGGGGGAUGGGGUGGAAGAGGAGAUGGAGCCACCACACAGUCAGGAGACACAUGUUGAGUCCUCUCUGCUGAAUGGGCAUCUUGUGAACAGCAGACAAGGAGAGAGAGGUGAGCCAAGCGAGAGGUUCGUUCAGCCAAUGGGCCGCGAGGGAACAGAUACUGAAUUCUCUCAGAAGAGACAUGCUGGAUUUCCUCUGGUGAAUGGAAACCAUAAGGCCAGGGUUAACGAUGAGACUAAGGAAGCGACUCCUGGUGCACAGAGUCCAGGACCUGCUCAGAUGAAUGGAGGUCCUCCCAUGUCUGACAGGUUGGAGAACAACCCUGUUGGUCAGCGGAUGAAGAAAACUGCUCUGGUGAACAAGCAGGACCAGGACUGGUCAGCAACGGCAUGAAGCCAGUUGAAAAUAUAUAGCAUAUAAGAUGAAACUACGUGUAAAUAUAAUAAAAUAUAACAUGAUAUACACUGUAAUAUAGAACAAUAUAAUAUGACAUUAUAUAAUAUCGUAACACUUACUUGAAGCUGCUUCUUGUAUAGUGUUAUAUAUUCUAAUGAAUGCAUUCUUAACAACAUGAAUGAUGCAUUAAUGCAUACAUAGGACAUAACUGUAUAGUAAAAUUAUAAUAUAAUACUGUGCUGGUAAGCUGCUAGCUGUGGGGUUGCCCCCAGCUGUGGUUUCUAUCAUUCAGAGUAUCUACACUCAACUGUGGUUCAAAUCCAUAGAUUUUAGCUUAGUUGUUACCGUAAACUAGCACUUCUUAGAGACAAAGUUAUGGGACAUGCUGUAUAACUACUUACCAUUCUGAAGUGUAACAGUCAGGUUUUUAUGUAACAAUUGUUAAUCCCUUUUUAAAUGUUUAUUUCUAUAUUUGUUUGCUUGAUUAGAUUGAAUUAGUAUGACUAAUGCAUUAUUUUACCCUCCCGUAUAGAGGGACAUUAUUUUACCCUCCCGUAUAGAGGGAUAUUAUUUUACCCUCCUGUAUAGAGGGACAUUAUUUUACCCUCCCGUAUAGAGGGAUAUUAUUUUACCCUCCCGUAUAGAGGGACAUUAUUUUACCCUCCCGUAUAGAGGGAUGUUAUUUUACCCUCCAGUAUAGAGGGACAUUAUUUUACCCUCCCGUAUAGAGGGACAUUAUUUUACCCUCCCGUAUAGAGGGAUAUUAUUUUACCCUCCCGUAUAGAGGGACAUUAUUUUACCCUCCCGUAUAGAGGGAUAUUAUUUUACCCUCCCGUAUAGAGGGAUAUUAUUUUAGUGACUAAAACAUUUUCCAUUAUUUGUAUCCAAAAUAUAUUUCAUUAAAACAUAUAUAUUUAUUCUCA